GAUGACGUCUACUGCAGUGGUUAACCUCGUUUUGAAAUUGCAGAACAAAUUAAAUUGUUUGUAAUAUUUUGUUCGCUAAGUAAACUAAGUAUUAUUUGACAGCGACAAAUGCCACCAAAAUGUAAAUUUCAAGAAGGAGAGAAAGUUCUGUGCUUUCACGGCCCAUUAAUCUAUGAAGCAAAGUGCCUGAAGAUUUCCAUAAAUAAGGAUAAACAAAUAAAAUAUUUUAUUCAUUAUGCUGGUUGGAACAAAAAUUGGGACGAGUGGGUACCAGAGAGCAGAGUGCUCAAAUACAAUGAAACAAAUGUGCAGAAACAGAAGGAAAUCCAAAAAGAAUAUUUAAAUCAACAAUCUGCUCAGAAAAAUAAAAAGGGUAAUACAACGACAAAGAUACAGGGUAAAAAGACUGAUGGAACUAAGGAGAAAGAUGGGGACAGCAGAUCGAGCACUCCUGUCGCAAUUGCUGACAAAAGUACAAGUCGAUUGAACAAGAGUGCGAGCAACACAUCAACAUCGUCAUCUUCCCACGAUUCCGCGUCCGAACCUCCGCGUAAAAAGCGAAGUCGACUAGAAUCCUCGGCUGAAACGGAGCAAUAUCUUCCUAAGGUAGAAGUUAAGAUUAAUUUACCCGAAGAAUUGAAACACAUGCUGAUAGACGAAUCCGAAAUAAUACUGCAGCAUCAUAAACUACCUGCUAUACCAGUACAAAAUACGGUUGACAAAAUUUUAGAUGACUACGUAGCAGUAAAAUCCUCUGGGAAAACUAACGACGUUAGGUAUAACAUAAAAGAAAUGGAAGUAGCGAAAGGCAUUCGUGAAUAUUUUAACAUCACGUUGGGCCUUCAGCUGUUGUACAAAUGGGAACGACCGCAAUUUAUAGAAAUAAUGAGUGAUAAUUCAGAAAAAUUGCCGAGUCAAAUGUACGGAGCGUUUCACUUACUCAGAUUGUUCGUGAAACUUGGCGAUUUUAUGUCCUAUACAAACUUGGAUGAUAACAGCAUACAGUUGUUGCUGUCGUAUUUCCACGAUUUCUUGCAGUACCUGCAAAAGAACAGUAGCAAAUUUUUCAAUCUUCAAGAGGACUAUAUAGACCCGCCGCCGGAUUAUCAUCGGAAAUACGGUUAACCGAUCGCUCAGAGAGCUAGUUCUCAUUUGUUUGUUAAAACCGAACAUCGAACGAAUUUAUGACGCAAUGGCACACCCCUCAAAGGACAAAGUGUUAAUACAUGUGUAAUUUAGUUUUAAUUAUUAUAAGAAUACCAUGAAAAUCAAUUGUGAAUCAUAUAUUGUUUCAUAUACAUAUCGCAUUUACCAUAAAUAACAAGACAUUUUUUUAUUAAAAAUUUACACUUCUA